AUGGCCUCCCCAGCUCAGCCCCUCUGCUUUCUCUUGCUCUGGCUCCCAGGUUCAGAAGGGGAAAUUGUUUUGACCCAGUCUCCUACCUCCCUGCCUGUGUCUCUGGGAGAGAGAGUCACCAUCAAGUGCAAGGCCAGUCAGAGCCUCUUACACAGUGAUGGGAACACUUACCUAGAGUGGUUCCAACAGAAACCUGGAAAAUCUAUUAAAGCACUGAUCUAUGGCAUUUCCAAUCUGCACUCUGGGGUUCCCUCUAGGUUCAGUGGCAGUGGGUCUGGGACGGAUUUCACCCUCACAAUCAACAAUCUGGAGUCUGAGGAUGUUGCAGACUACUUCUGUGGGCAAGAUUCACAAGGGGAAGUUGUUCUGACUCAGUCUCCAGCCUCUGUGUCUGUGUCUCUGGGAGAGAGAGUCACCAUCAAGUGCAAGGCCAGUCAGAGCCUCUUACACAGUGAUGGGAACAAUUAUCUCUACUGGUUCCAACAGAAACAAGAUCGUAUUAAAGCACUGAUCUACAGAGUUUCCAAUCUGCACUCUGGGAUUCCCCCUCGGUUCAGUGGAAGUGGGUCUGGGACAGAUUUCACCCUCACAAUCAGCAGCCUGGAGGCUGAGGAUGCUGCCAUCUAUUACUGUGGUCAAGACACUAACUGGCCUCCUACACAGUGCUUCAGCCCUGAACAAAAACCUCCCAUAUCAUUCAGUCCUGACUCAGAGGAAGAGCUGUUUUCCCCUGAGUCCUAG